AGAGAGGCAUUUCAUCUGAAGAUAAGGUUUUUGAUUAUCAAGAAACAAACGUAAAUAUGUACCAGAAUCCAGAGGAACAGUUCGGCGGAUCUGAGAAUGAAGGCAUUUAUAGUAUUAUAGAACGUCAAUGUAGACUGACACCCAACUAUAUCGCACUGAAAUCAUCAUUAUACAUUAUGACAUAUAGUGAAAUGGAAACAGAAAUAGAAAAAUUGCACUCUUUAUUGACAUCAUCACUGCUAAGGUCGCACAGAGGAGAGCAGGAAAAAUCUAUCGUUGCAAUCCAGAUCCCGAACUCAGUUUCUUAUGUCAUAUCUCUGUUGGCAGUAUUAAAAAGUAAGAUGGCUUUUCUUCCGAUUCCCUAUGAUUUACCAAAUGAAAAAAUCGUGUUCAUGUUAACUGAUUCAAAAGCAAUGGCAAUGAUAACGACUAAAGAAUGUUUUGAUAACUUGUUCAUGGAAAAGUUCAUGCCUAAAAUGAAGCUAGUUACAGAACAUGAAAUAGAAAUCGAAACAAUUGUUGUGGUUGAAUUUGAGAGUGCUUUCCAGAGAGGACUAGAGAUAUAUGACAUGACAUGUGCAGAAAAUGACUUCAUAUAUAUUAUGUACACCUCUGGUUCGACCGGACGACCAAAAGGUGUUAAAGUAAAAGAAUCUGGAGUAAUCAAUCUUGCAUAUGCUCAGAUUAAAUACUUGGACAUUUCUCCUAAAGAUGUCGUAGCCCAAUUUGCAUCCAUCGGAUUCGAUGCAUCGAUAUCUGAAAUGUUUACUUCUCUUCUGUCAGGCGCAUCUUUAGAGACCAUGCAUUUCAAGAUAUUGAUGAAAACAUUACAUUUGGGUGGAAUAGAGAACAUACUCAUUCAACAUUCCGAUAUUGAAAUGACUGCUGUUGUUGCCCAUAAAUGUUCAUUAACAGGAGAAUUAUCAACAGUGGCAUUUGUUGCACCCAAGGACUUGAGGAAAGACGAAAGCAUACACAACCAUGACCAAACAUUUGAAAACAGUAGCUUGAACGAGAGGCAACGAACGGUGGCAAUGUUGUGGUGUCGUGUUUUCAAAUACAACGAAUCCUUCAUGCAAUCAUUAAACCGACAAAGCUCAUUCCGUAAAUUGGGAGGUCAUUCCUUACAUUUAGUUCUUCUCCAUAGAUUGAUCGAAGAUGAAAUAAAAGUUAAACUCUCGUUUACUGAAAUGCAGUCUAUAGAUAUAAUACAGGAGUUUGCAGACAUGCUACAACAGGAUAGUGAUGUUGUAAAAACACACGAGAAGGACUAUUUGAAAAAUAGAAAUGAAUUAAAAGAAACGAUUUUGAAAGAUUCUGAACUCGAUACCAGCUUUUUUCAAAAACAAAAAAGGGUGAGCUCUGUCAAAGGUCUACCCUACAAUACAUGUGUACAUACAUAUAAUAGUCAACACAAUAUUCUUCUUUCUGGCGCGACCGGUUUUCUUGGAGCCUUUCUAUUGUCCGAAAUCCUUGAUCAAUCGAACUGUCAUGUAUUUUGUUUAGUCAGAGAAACAACUGAGACGAAAGGCAUUGAUCGCAUAAUAAUCAAUAUGAAUAGAUAUGGCCUCUGGAAAUCCAAACACAUUUCCCGUGUGACAGUAGUUGUUUCUGAUAUUGCACAGAAAAAUCUUGGCAUUUUGUCUGACAUUUAUGAGCACCUUUCUACAGCUAUUGACAUUGUAUUUAUGAAUGCAGCUUAAGUAGAUUUUAACACCUCGUACGAUGAUCAUAGAAGAACAAAUGUUGAAGGUACCAAAGAAUUCAUUAGAUUUGCAUGUACAGGUAAACAAAAAUAUUUAUUUGCAACUUCAUCACUGGGCAUUUUUCUUUUUCCAAUGGAAGAAACAAUGAGCAAAUGUAAAAGAAACGUUUGUAAAGAAUCUGAGUUCAUAGACGACCCAUCUGUAAUCGAAAGUGGUUACAACCGGAGUAAAUGGGAAAGCGAUCGUCUUUGCAUGCAGGCCAUAGACUUACUACCAGGAGGUGCAAUAUUUAGACCAGGCCGAAUAUCCGGACGAAGUACAGAUGGGGUUUGCACAGAAAAUGAUGUUUUUGCAUCGACCUUAAUUGGUAUGAA